GCUUCCGCUAGGGGUGAUUAUUAUUUUUAUUGACAAACACCGAACCAGCGACAGCGAGUUCCGGGGUGUAUUUUUAGUCAAGCUAUGGGAGACAAGAAGAGCCCCACCAGGCCGAAGCGGCAGCCGAAACCGUCCUCCGAUGAGGGCUACUGGGAUUGUAGUGUUUGCACCUUUCGAAACAGCGCUGAGGCUUUCAAAUGCAUGAUGUGCGAUGUGAGGAAGGGCACUUCCACUAGGAGGCUCUGCAGUGUUCCGGGGCUUGAUGUAAUCAGCACAGUGUCAUCCACAAACAGGAACAUCUGGAGGACCUCACCAUCCACAGAGAAGAAAAAGCUGGAUCACUUACCAGUAACUGGAGUUCUAUUGGGUAAUCUCCACAGAUCCACAUACUUUGAAGUUAUUGUGAAUGCCUCGAGGACCAUGGAACCGUUGAAAUUUCAAAUUUCAGGAAGGAAACCUCGACCUGUCUCCCAGUUGGUUGCACAGCAAGUUACCCAGCAAUUUGUGCCCCCCCCACAAUCAAAGAAAGAGAAAAAAGAUAAAUUAGAAAAGGAAAAAAGUGAAAAAGAAACAACUAGCAAAAAGAACAGUCAUAAGAAAACCAGGCCACGAUUGAAAAAUGUGGAUCGGAGUAGCGCUCAGCAUUUGGAAGUGACCGUUGGAGAUCUGACAGUCAUUAUUACAGACUUUAAGGAGAAAACUAAGUCACCACCUGCAUCUAGUGCUGCUUCUGCAGAUCAUCAUAGUCAGAGUGGUUCUAGCUCUGAUAAUACAGAGAGAGGAAUGUCCAGGUCAUCUUCACCCAGAGGAGAAGCCUCAUCAUUAAAUGGAGAGUCUCAUUAAAGUUUAUUUUUUUCCUGAUUUCUUUAGUCACUUCUCUGUAACAUGCAAAUACAGAUAUUUUGGCCAAGACAUGCCACAUUUUCAUGACAAACAUUUAUGCUCAGCCUAUAACAUGUUUUACAUAAAAUAUAAGUGCAUUAGGAUUAAGAAUUUUGUUGCAAUCUACACUAAAGACCACAUUUCCAGAAUUAACAUUGUGAUAUCCAAAGUUAAAAGUGCCAUGAAAAUGUGGUAGAGCAUUCAUUAUGCAGUGUUAUUGGUAAUCUUUUUCACUUUUCGUGAAUUCCAACACUUAAAAUUUGAUUUCACUACUAUUGGCAUGUACUGAAUUAAAAAUUUUAUAACAUA